AUGUAUACAUAAACGCUCUCUCCCUUAUUACCCACAAUGCACCAGUGAAAAAUUGUAAACAAACAAACCCACAGUCUUCCUCGCUGGUGCCAGUCGUCAGUCGCUGUUUUCUGAACAAUAACUUCUAGUUGGGUAUUAUACAAAGCAGGGUCCAAUGCAGCCGAAAAUGGCCCAGCAGGGGAAGCAGCCUCAAGGUAGAGAGGCCCUGCUCAAGUCCUACAACAGGAGGUUAAAGGAUGAUGUCAAGUCCAUUCUUGAAAACUUCAUGGAAAUUGUCAAGCUUGGUGUGGUUGAAGAUGAGAGUCAGGUGCAUAGGAUGACACAGGUGGAUAUAAUUCACUACCAGAUGCAUGUUCGAUCAUCAAACAUGGUGAGGGCAGCCGAGUCCUUAAUGAAAUUAGUAGCCGAUGUGAAGCAAUACUUAAUUCUCAAUGAUUUCCCAUCUGUUAAUGAGGCCAUUACACAGAACUCUAAGAUCUUCAAGUCCAAGAGUCAGGAAGCUGACCAGAAGCUCAUGGCUCUGAGGGACGACAUGGCCUCUGACUUGUAUGAACUGGAAGAGGAGUUUUAUUCUUCAGUUUAUAAGGAAAAAUAAGAAAAUAGCACUUUUAUUCUUUAUUUCUCAUACUCAUUUCCUCUGUAUCUUUCCCAUUAAAAUAUAAAGGUCUUUUAA